CCCCCACACCCACAACACACACCGCCGCACAUCAAACACCCAACCCCACGCCCCAUACGCACACCAACACACCACGCUCCCGCACACCCCGAACACACGGGCAGUGGCGACACGCAGCAGAACGAUGACGAGGCGGAUGAGGUGAACGUGGCGUCACUCGUCACACGGAAUGACGAUGGUCUAGAGCGGCGAGCCGACACGAGGCAGGACGAGGUUGCCUCAUCACGACGGGUAGAAGGAGGAGGAGGAAGAGGAGACCAAGACGGAUAUUCCCGGGAAGGAGUGAAGCGAAUUCUAAAGAGGCAGCCUCUGCCAGCGAAGAGGUAUCCCACUUCCUCUUCCACGUCGUCAUCAUCAUCCUCGUGCAGAGUGUUGCAACAACCAAUCUGCGAUGGUGCGGCGCUGGUCUGCGAUCACUCCGCCGUUGAUUGUAGCGAUUCCGUGAUGGUUGUGAACGAUCACGCAAAGGCGGACGACAAUUCUGGAGAAGUCUGCAAUGGUUCUAUGAUGGUCUCCGAUGAUUUCGUCGGCAAUCGCCGAGACUCCCUGAAGGCCGUCAAAUCAAAGGCCCCACAUAUCGAGGAGGCGCCGGGGCAGGAGAGCAACGCGGAGCUACAGCCAGGAUCGGGUCUGGGCCUGGAGCGGGAGCGAGGAGGACCUGGGACGGAGCUGGACGGAAAGCCUGGAUUGGAGGUGGAGCAAAAACUUGAGCUGGAAGUGGAGCAAAGACCGAGGAUGGACCUUGAGAAAAAAUCUGAGGUGGAGUUAGAAACAAAAUCUCGGUUGAAAGUUGGGCAAAUACCUGGGAUGGAGUUGCUGCAAAAACCGGUAUUGGAUCUGGAGCAUAAACCUGAGAUGGAGGUGGAGCAAAGACUCCAGGCAAAGUUGGAGAAAACAUCUGGGAAGAGGUUGGAGCAGAAACCUGGAAUGGAGCUGGACCAAAGACCCGAGAUGGAGCUGGGUCGAGGAGGACUGGAUCUUGAACUGGAACGAGGAGGCCCUGGGUUGGAGCCAAACUCUUUUCAGAACAACCUCCACCCCGCGGCGCUAAUCCCAGCGGCCACCGGCUCGUGGGAAAUCGCGGAGCUCAGGGAGCUCGUGUUCGGGCCGCAGUACCUGAACCAGGAGCCGAGCCCAGAUGCGGAGCGCAAUCCGGGCCCACUCCCGAUCUCCCGUGGCGGCACCGCCACCACCGCCGCCGGGGCCCUCCCCACGCGGCGCCCUCCGGCCGUGCCCGUCGCGCGCUGGGGGCCGGCGGUGCCCGGCCGGGUCGAGAGCGACGCGGCGGCGAUGGGCGAGGGGAUGAGACGCCGGGCGCACCGCGCCGUCGUCGUCGAGGGGCUGUGCCCACCGUUCGGGGUGGGCGCCGCGUGCGUCGUCAAGGUCCACAGCGCCCUGGGGGAGGGCGGCCACCCUGGCCCCCAGCUGGUGGAGAGCAACCGCAGGUUGGCGGUGCAGGAGUGCUGGGUGCAGGGAGCCGCGCGUCAGCUGUGCCGCCGCUUCGCCCUAGAGGCUUCGGCGCUGCCCGGGUUCGGCUCCACUCCCGAGGUCCUCCCGCUGUUCCUGCUGACGCGUCCCGGCCGCGCCGCCGCUCACUCCACCGUGGAGGCGCAGCUGCCGGGACGCUUCACGAAGUACUCCCCUCGCGACGGGAGGGAGCUCAGCGCCGGCGCCGCGGGGGCCCCGAGCGAGGCCGGCAUGAAGUGCGUCGCCUUCCAGCACUGGGUGUUCGCACGCUGCGGCGGCUGCCUCCUCGUCACCGACCUGCAGGGAGUGGGUCUGCACCUCACAGACGUCGGCAUCGCCACCAGGGACAAGGAGUUCCAGGGCGUCCGGGGGAACUUUCCGCCGUCCGUGCUCACCCAGUUCCGCGCGCUGCACGAGUGCAGCCCCUACUGCGCCUUGCUGGGCCUGGGCCCCCUGCGCCGCACCUCCAGGGCACCCCCCCGCACGCCGGCCAGGCUCGCCGCGGCCGGGACCCCCGCGAAGGGACGCGGGAACAGGUUCUGGCCUCUGCCCCUCAAGGUCACCACCCUCCGACGGAUGAGCGAGCCGUGACGCGCGGCUUCUCCGGCUCCGCUGGUUCCCAGAACCCCCCCCCACCCCCCGUAACCACCGAUCGAGUGAAUGGGGGUCCCGGCGUUGUCUCCGAAUUGAAUGACCGCGGAGUCACGUGCGCGGCGUGGAGAGCGAGCAUCCCGUGCACGUCCAGCUGCUCACAGCCCGUGUUGACAAUUACAGACGCUGGCAUCGACACGAGGGGCUUGUGUUCAACGAUUAUUGAGAAGCCUCGCAUGCAAAAUGUCUCGUACAUAUUUUAAAAAAAUAUGAUUUCAUAUUGAUUUAAAGCUUUCGUGACUGCAGGGAUUCAUAUUCUUGGUUCUUUCGGUAAAG